AAAAGGACACUGAACGGAGAGAGUGAGAGCUAGACAGACAGUGAGCUAGAGAGAGCCUGGGGUAUGGAUCCACUUAGAUGCUGUAUUAUUUACCCCUGAGUGAUGCAUGAAUGCUGUGCAGUCGUUAUAUACUCCAGCUGACUUCAGCUAACAGACACCCCUGCUCCCAGGAAAGGGUCUGGCCACCUUCUGUACACACACACUCAGGACUCUACCUUCAUGAGUUCCAAGAAUGAAGUGGAGUUGAAAAUUAACAUUAUUGGACCAUUGGGAACAGGGAAGACAUCCCUCUUAAAUCAAUAUGUGCACAAAUGUUUUAAGAAUGAUUACCAGAACACUCUUGGUGCCCAACUUAUUUCUAAGACCAUCAAGCUGGACAAAACCUGCAUGAAGUUACAGAUCUGGGACACAGGUGGACAGGAGAGAUUCCGGUCCUUGGUGUCUACUUUUUACAAGGGUUCUGAUGGCUGCUUCUUGGUGUAUGAUGUAACAGAUGAAGAUACCUUUGUAUGUCUUGAGCAGUGGAGAAAGGACUUUCUGAGCAAGCUACAUGCACCGGUUACAGAUUUUCCAAUUAUCGUUCUAGGGAAUAAAGUUGACCUCACAGAGAGAAAGGUGUCGAAGGAAUCUGCAGUCUCCUGGUGCAAUCAGCGGUCCAUUUCCUAUUUUGAAGUCAGUGCAAAACUCAAUAUUAACGUGGAACUUGCAUUUGAGACGCUUGCCAAAAAAGCCUUAUUACAUUACUGGGAGGCGAGAGAGAGCUACCUGGUCGAUUCCAUCAAACUAACUCCUGUAGAUGAUUCCCCGCAUGGUAGUUGCUGCUGACGGAAUGUUCCAGAGACUUGUUUUGAAAGAGGAUCUUCUUGUCCCUUCAGACCUUGAGGAGCGCACAGUGGCCAGUGGAGAUAAAAACGUGCCUCUUUUAGUGGAAAGAAUCUCUUAUAGUUGAUUUUUUUCAAAUAUACUGUAAAGUGGCCUUCCGUCACCAAAAGACUUUGGAUCAAGUUUCUGCUGCGUCCGUAAUGUUUACUUUUAAGGAACGAUAAAAAAUUCCUUUAUUUACAUUUUGCACAGUUGCCAAACUUCCUUGCUAGCCGUGGACUAAACUAAAAUAAUGACUUUUUGAAUAAGUACAUUGGAAAAUACUGUAACAGCAAAUGCUCUUUUCUCAAUGCUUAAGCAUCACUGCACAUGCAAUCAGGGUAGUGCAUUUUCCAUUUUAUUCCAUAUGCAAACCAGAGUUUAGUAAAAAAAAUAUUGAAUUUUACCCUCCAUUUUAAAGGUCGAUUUUCAGUACACUACAAUUCAGUGUUUAGUAGAUUAACCCCCCAAAACUCACUUUCAUUAUUGUUUUAGUUUCUAACACUACUGUAAUUUUAGUCUUUGCAUCCACUACUUCAUCCAUUGUUUAAUACUGGCUAUAAUAUUCAUAUAGUCAUACUUAGUUUGGUUGCAUGCAUUACAGAGUUAUUCCUGAAGUAAGAAUUUAUGGUGAAUGCAAACUAAAUUGCACACUUAAGGUCAAAAUAGCCAAACUGGAAAAAUCCUAUAAGUCAGCUAUGCUCUCAGUUUGGCUACUCUUGCCUUAAAGGAACACAAACCUGUAUUCCUGACCCUAUAAUGCUAAAAACACCAUCUGGUCCCGCCUUGCCUCCCUAAACAUAGUACAAUCUUACUUUAUUCCAGUCUACUGUUGCUGGCUUUGCCCCCUGAUCUGCCUGCUUGGCUUUCAUCAUCAGAAGUGGUGAUCUGAGCCAUUCACAUUGCUUACACAUAGGGGAGCAUUAUAUUGGCUGAUAAUGUCAAGGAGGCAGAUCAUGAGCAGAGCCAGUACAAGCCAAACACAGACCUGGCCAAUCAGCAUCUCCUCAUAGAGAUGCUUUAAAUCAAUGAAUUUCUAUGAGGAAAGUUUAGUGUAUGCAGAGGGUGGAGGCACUGAGUGUGUGCAGAACUCCCCAGGAAGCACCUCUAGAUACCAUAGGAGAUAUCCAUAGGCUUUACACAGUAUUUACAGCAAAAGGCCUAAAGGUAAUGAUUCUACUCACCAGAACAAAUUCAAUAAGCUGUAGUUGUUCUGGUGACUAUAGUGCCCCUUUAAAUUUAAAAUUCUCUUUGAAUUUAAUACUCACUCAAAUGAAUAACCCUGUUAACGUCAAUAUCUGAAUUUGUAUGUGUUUUGUGUUAUGAUAUAUUUGUAUCA